AUGGGGUGCAUGUGCAGCCAGCCCAAGGUGGUGGAACACGACAGACCUAAAGCUGAACACUUCACAAGCAUACGGCAUGAGCCGACCGGAAGGCCUCGAUCAAUCCUGAGCCCAAGGCGCAUUCGCUCUGGCAGCUCUGUCAGCCAGACGUUGUCAGUGCAGGAGGUGCUGGAGUUGGCCCAAGAAGUUGUCAGGGAGGACUUUCAAGGCUCCGUGGACCCACUGACAGUGGCCGCCAUCGCUUUGAUUGAAAGCAGUGGGAAUGCAAAGGCCUUUCGCUGGGAGGAGAACUUGGGAGAAGCCCGCCAUGGGCUGUGCCUGAUGUUGUUCUCCACUGUCAGAUGGCUGAUGUCUUUGGGCCACAAUGAGCACACAGCCAGCUCUGCCAGCGGCCUGCAGUCACCAAAGGUGGCCUUGUACUUUGGCGCUGCCUACCUCAACCACCUGUCUGAGUUCAAUGGGGAGCCACGUUCAGAAGAGUUUGUGGUUAGGAGCUACCACAAGGGGCCCAAGUGCACUGACACAUCGUUGACAGACCACUACUGGCGGAAAUAUCGACAAGCAAGGCAGCAGCUGCAGCGGCUGCACUGGGCGAUGGGUGGCCAGGACAGCGAGGGGUCGGAGGGGCCACUGAUGCACAUAGUGCAGAGUGGGGAGUCCUUGAGCUUGAUAGCAAAGGUUUGUGGCACUACAGUGGUGGAUAUCCUGGCAGCCAACCCCGAGAUAAAAGACGCCAAUGGUAUCCGUGCAGGCGACUGCAUCGAGAUCCCUGUCAAGAGCAUCUUGCCACGGUUCUAUGUCGUCCAGUCUGGUGACACGAUGGCGUCAAUCGCCCGUCGCCAUGAAGUGUCCCUCAUGCGCCUGCUUAAGGUGAAUCCCGACAUAAAGAGUCCGUCCCACAUUCAGGCUGGCUGGGUGGUGUCGCUGCCAGGCCUGCGGGGGACGUCAUGCGAACAGGUUGACCUGUUCGACCGCUCGGACCUCAUCUGUUCUUCUGUCGACGAUGGCAUGUCGUUCCUGGCCGCAAUGGCGGGCAAGUAUGGCAUAUCGCUGAGUGACGGAAUGCCUGGCGAGGGCAUCGGAAUCCACAGCCAAUCUGAUGGCAUGUCCCGCUUGGGAGCCAGGUUCAAUGCAUUGAGAGUUGGGGGUCCAAGGAUCUGA